AUGAUUGUGGUAGUGCGGGAGUACGGCGCGGCGGAGGUGCGGCGGCUCUGCGGGGGGCGGCCCCUGGCGGCGCUCUACACGUGGCGGCUGGAGGAGGCCCCCGGGGGUUCACAGGCAGAGAAGAGAGCCACGGCCGUCAGCGUCAUGGAUCCCACAGAUGCGCGGGCCCGGCGGACGGUCAACUUGGAUGUGUACGCCGCAAACCCAUCGGCCCUCUUCGCCGCCGUGCGCCCCGCCCUGCGCGCUAUUCUGCCGCCCAUCGCAGCCCCGCAGGUCGUCAUCGUCGUCGACGGCACGCGGCUUACACGCACACACGCGCUGCUCCACACGGAUGACGGACUGCUGCCGCAAUGCUGGCGUCUGCUGCACACCACUCCAGAUUUUAACCGCCUUCUAGCCACUGUGCACAUUGCCGUUGUUGAACUGGAUGACCAUAACAAACUACGAGAUAUCACUCCAAUAACAGGAGCAUCAGCAGCAGCAGCAAUGGUAGAGCCAGACAUCAUAGAGGAUGACGAGGAUCACUUUACAUCCGUCGAAGACGCCUCAUAUUUAGAACUUAGAAGUGAGGAAGAUUUAAUGACAGUAAUACACCACGUCGAUCAGGUUGCAUCACCUGAUCGUCACCAAAUAUUUAGUUUCAUACUCACCUUUAAGAAAGAGACGGGAUUACCAAAUUCUACUAUACAAUUUAUCUCCUUUACACUCUCUGAGGUAGGUAAAGGCAUACGCUCAACACGACACUGUGUAACCACAGCCGCUUCUCUUAUAGAGAGCCGAUCUCCUUCAAUCACUUUUGCAGGAACAAAACUAUCAUUCCUACUUAAACCUGCUCUACUUAAGCAGCAAUCUGGUGUAUGGAUUUCGUGCUUCGCCCCAUCAACCCCACCAGAGGAAACAGAACGAGAAACCUUUCGGGAGGCUUUUUGUAUCGCCUAUACGGCAAGUCGCGUGUACAGUUCGCGUAUCGGAGUAGAAGUAGCAGAACCCACCUUUCAAGUUUUUUCUGAUUUAGAUCAACGUUCCCUUUUCAAUAGUUAUGAUGAACAGGCAGAAAUUCUUCCACGUGUCAACAUACCCACACCGUAUAAACUAGGUUCAUCAUCAUCACCAUUACCAUUGAAAUCCCCAAAUUCCAUCCCUCAACAACGUGUGAAGGAUGUGACGCAUCGAUUAAAAUCUAUACAAUCCCCUUAUAACACUUCUAGGGAAGUAGGGGAUGUUGGUCUUAUUAAUACUCCUUACAAUCAAAGACCAGUGAAUAUUAGUGACAGGGUAGGUUCAGAGGAGAAACGAUCGGGCCAUACAAAUAGUAUUCAAAAAAACCGUCAACAACAAACGAAUCGUCUACCAUACGAUCGUUGUAGUUCACUUGAGAGGCAUCCAUACAAUUGUAGUGCCAGAUAUGAAUUAGAGACAUAUAAAAGGGUAAUGGAACCAGCUAUGGAUCAAUUGCGACGAGAUAUUCAACACUACAUGAAGUUGUUAGAAGAUGCCAGACGUCAGAUACGUAUGUUUAGGCGAGGAAAAGAAGCAGAUGAGCAAAAUAAAGAGAUGGAGAUAGAGGUUCAUCAGUUACGGAAAUCGCUUUCAGAGGCUACCCGUCACUGCAAAUUUCUAGAAACUGAGUUUGCCAGACGAGAGGAGGAAUUAAGGGCAAAGGUAACGGAAGUUCAAGCUCAAUUUAAUGAAGUUACUAGUAAAACGAAAUUGUAUGAUUUACAAGAUGUCUCUUUACAGACGGAUAUUAAAAAUCGACAACACAGUGUUGCCACACAGACACAUGCUUCACUUUCACAGUCUCCGCAGCAAUCGCAUUAUACAGGAAAUAAUGGUUUGGUAACCUCCGAAAAAUUACAGACACAACAACAAUCACCGGUACCAUUACAGUCGAAUGAUACAAAUUUUACCACUCAAUGGCUUGAGGUGGUUGGUUUUCACCAGCGGGAAUUGGAAGAGCACGUUAGCCGUGAACGAGCUUACCGUAGUCGAAUUAUGAGUUUAGAAGAAGCACUAAGUGAACGUGAUGCUGAGAUUGCCAGGAUAAAUACAGAACUGAUGCAGCGAGAGCAGCAGUUCUCUUUAGAAGAAUUGAAAAAUCAGCAGAAGGAACAUGAACGGCAAAUAGAAAGGCGUCAUGCCGAAGGUUUGGAGCAACUUCGUGCAGAAAUGCUUGAAGCACAGAGAGUAAGCACCGCAACGGAACACCGUCUUGAGAUGUGCCUCAGAGAAUUAAAAGAGGAACGUAAACUUCGGGAAGCCUCUGAAGCUGAAUUGCGGCAGUUGCAGACGACAUGUGCCCAACGUUUGGAGAGUGGCACCGCGAAAGAGAUGAUGCUCUUACUAAAAGAAACAUAUGAACGUCAGUUUCAUCAUCUACAGCGAGAGGUAGAGGAGCUACGUCAACGUUCGGUACAGACAACACCGAGGGAGACGACUCCACGUGGCAGUAACUCGGUGGCAUCCACACCGAGGCGAAACUCAAGUGUGCGUCAAACGGCUGGUGGUAUGCUUUCUCCUGCUGUGGAACGAGAUGGGAAUUCCUUUGUACCAGCAAGAAUUGCACAAAAGACAGAAGACUCUGCAUCUUAUGGCGUGGCUGCAGCACCCUCUGGGAGAGUACAGGUGGCCGUUGUGGGAGGGGAUAAGAGACAAUUUGAAGACUUUAUGAAUGAAGAGUCAUCGUACACUUUUCAUCUUCCGAAGGCACUCGAGCGGAUUCGCUCUUAA